AUGGAAAAGUCGUCGGUUAACACUCUCAAUGGCAUGAACGUUUCUGUUUCAAAUGUAUCUUGGCCGUUCAUUUUAGGUCAACGGGUUGCAGUCGUUACUUUGCCGGAAAAAGGAGAAAACAUAUCCUUUCAGGUCUACAAUCGCAAUCAUUCGGAGGCCGUUGCUGCCACUAGGCACGCUGGAUUGGGGCCGACGAAGGGCGACGAGAAGCCGAGGGUGGUGGUUCUGGGCUCAGGGUGGGCUGGGUGCAGGCUCAUAAAGGACAUUGACACGAAGGUCUACGACGUCGUAUGCGUGUCGCCAACGAAUCACAUGGUGUUCACUCCUCUGUUGGCUUCAACCUGCGUGGGCACUCUCGAAUUUCGCUCCGUCGCCGAACCGAUAGGGAGAAUUCAACCGGCGGUUUCGAGGGAACCCGGUUCUUAUUUCUUCCUCGGUAAAUUUCAUAUAAAAGUUCUGUUUGGUUAG